AUGGAAGGUGCUGAAGGUACCCAGACCAUGACCAGCGUGUUGUGCAACCAGCGUGAUCGGUUCAGACGCCGUGUUCAAGAAAUGGAGGAGCAAGUAAGUCAGCUCCAGACGGAAGUUUCCUCUUCAAGGUCAGAGCUGAAGUCUGCAAGGGCAGACAACAUUGCCCUCAUCGAACGCCUAAAAUUCGUGCAGGGUUACCGGAACCAAAAUUCUCAGCGCACAGACCUAGAGGUAGGGUUGGAUGUUGAGCACAAGUAUGUCAAAGAGUACGAAGCGAAGAUGGAUCCAUUCAAUGCAUUCCGAGGCCAGCAAAGGGACAUCCGUCGGAAGCAGUUGGGUUUUGUGGACAGGGCAGUGUAUUUUGUAGGUGAACUUGUUUUUGGGAACAGGUAUGCCCGGUUGUUUGUGUUUUGCUAUGUGGUUCUGCUGCAUAUUCUUGUGCUCGCAACUCUCCUUCAUUCCUCGCCACAGACUGACGACUUUCUGAAAGAGGAAGAGAUUGCAAAAUUGUGCAGAGAGCAUGUGGCGAAGCAUGGGCCAAUUGUAGGUUCAGGAGAUUAA